CCGAGCCUUCGGAUGCACGGUUGACGGCGAGUCUCAGCUUCGAGUCGAGGUUGAAUCAUCCUCGACUCUUUGAUCAAUCGAUCAACCUGUUGCCUGUUGCCUGUUGGCACUUGCCUACUUUGCUACCUACUCGUUUGAUUACUACUCCCUUCGAAACUACGCAUGAAGCCUUCCCAUCGACUCGACAACGGUAAUCUUCCCAGGUAUCCCCCGGGAGAGAAGCCUCCUCUCCAAGACCGCGAUCAGAACUUGGACAAUAGCUCAAAGGCAGUCGACUUAGCAUCUGAAUCACGUCCUGUAUCGCCCUUCUCCGGCUACCAACCUCCAACAUCGCCUUCCUUAGACUCGCUCAAUUACCCCAAAUCCGAUUCAGCAUCGCAACUCGGAGACCCCCCCGAGAUCUAUCCGGAGGAAUCAGCAUCUCAAGUGGACAGUGAUUACGACUCCGACGACGAGUUUGACGACGACUUUGGCGGCGACUUUGAGCCCAACGACAACGAUUCCUAUCUCUCUUCCGACCUUUUCAAUCACAUUUCCACCGGGAUGGAGAACGACAGUGAUAGUGCGAUCUAUGCUUCGUCCAAGCUUAGUGCGGGAAAUAAAGGAAAUCAAGCCUGGAAGAUAUUCCGCGAGCGCUUGCGCCGAGCCAAGGUGGUUUCGGUCAAGCAAGUCCUGUCCAUGCAUGAGGAAGCACUGAAGGGUCUCCAGAAUCCCGAACCUUUAGACGAUGACUUGGAAAUCAAGCUCAUUAGGGAGCUCGUCAUACUCCGCGAGAGGCUGACGAAAGUGCCGUCGUACCAGGAGAGCUAUCUGGAGGGAUACAUGAAUUCAAUCUUGGUGGAAGCGAUCGGCGAAUACGAGCUCGUCGAGAUCCGUCAUCACAACGUCAAGUGGAACCUCGUCCCGAACAUCCUUUUCAAAAGGGCAUUUGGGUUGUCUUGUCCAAUGCCCGACGGUACUAUCGCCUAUCCCACGUUGGGGCGAAAGGGUGACACAUUGUUCCCCACGCCCGAUGGAGACCAACAUCCGUUGGGUCGACAAGUGAUCGAAUACAUCUUACGGAGCAAGAAAUAUGCCAAGGUGUUGCCCCUGAAUCACACCAGCUUGUCUCAGACCACCGGCAUCCACGAUGUGAUGAUCCUCGAAUACAAAGCGGACGAUUCGGAAGAAUCUCAAGAGGUCGGGCUCAACCAAGACGUCAACGUCGGGCUCUUCAAGGUCUGGCAGGACGUCGAUCUAGCCUUGGCUCUUGGGGGCGCAUGGAAGCAGAGGAUCCUGCAGGAUAGUCCCUUCUGUCUCGUCUGGCGGAUUUGCGGAACGUACUGGGCGAUCGAGUACGUUGCCGCCGUUCUCAUCGAUUUUAAAGAUGGAGAGCUGCAACCGACGCGGCACUACACCAUUGCCGAAGGCGAUUGGGCCAACGAUCCCCACACGUUCCUCCGCACGGCUAGAGAAGCCUACAGCAUCUGCGCCAAACGCGUCAAGGACUUCAGAGGAGGAAUGAUGCAAGCUCUUUACGAGCGGGUUCAGCAAGAUGAAAUAGACGGGGGGGAGUUUUCGACCGAGCCAAUCGACAAAAUCGCUCAGCGCGUCUACCUGAAAAAACCCCCCACUGCCACUAUGAGUCAGGUCGCGACCACCAACAACGCCAAGAAGGAGGAUGCCGCUCGAAAGAACGCCGGUUCCGACACGCAGACCGCGGCUGGAUCACAGACUGUCGUCCAAAAGCAGACUGCUGUUCAGAAGCAGACUGCUGUCGAAACGCAGACUGCUGUCGAAACGCAGACUGUUGUCCAAACGCAGACUGUUGUCCAAACGCAGAUUGCUGUCCAAGCGCAGACUGCCGUUCCCGAGCAGACCGCUGCUCAGGAGAACAGUGACGCUGCCGACGACUUGGUACAGACCAUGGAAAACGUGUCUUUGGACUCGGACUCCAAGACCGUCGUCAAAGGCGAAUCGCAAUAGCGAACAUUCUGGUCCUUUCUUAUGACAACAACAAACCUAUCACGAUCUUUCUGCUCCUUUCUUAUGACGACAUACCAUCCACGACAGACUUUUUUUACGUUACUUCCUGUAUAUCAACUAGCUUCUUUCAGCUAUGAGAUACGUGAUCUUCUUUGAUCAAUUCUCAAGGCUGCUCAUGACCUGCGUCGCUACCGACGGCGCCUGCGGCGCCGUCGGUAUAUCUCGUUUGGACAGACUCCUAGGGGACUGUAUGAGUACAUGCGCAG